GAGAGCCGGGCGCAUUUACCUUCUAGGCGGGGUAGAGAGCACACCAAGUAUUGCUAGAAUAAGUACACAGACUGAUAUUUAAUAUUUUAGUGCUUACCCCAUCAAGAUGGGGCGGAGUAUAGUAGCGUUUAGUGUUAUCCUUUUAGUUUCCGUUCUAUGGAAACCGGCAUACACUGAUGAUAAAUGUUCACUAGGAUGUAAAGGAUCUUCAACGACAACUUUCCAAAAUGGCCACAAGUACACUUAUGGUGUUGAAAGCACCGUCUCCAUCUUCCUGAGCGGCGCUGACAGCAAAGAGACCACCGUGAAGCUCCUCGGCCAGGUCGUGGUCAACGCCAUCGGCAACUGCGUCAACGAGCUGGUCGUGCAGAACUUGGCUAUCUCUGGCCCUGAUGGCAAGAAAUACCCGAGUCCCCCGGGCAUCGAGCAGCCGGUGCAGUUCGCUCUGUAUGAGGGCAGGACCGACCCUGAGAUCUGCGCCGUGGAGGGCGACACGCGCCGCUCCCUUAACAUCAAGAGGGCCAUCAUCUCGCUUAUGCAGACGCAGCCUAAUUAUGGAGUGCAGACUGACGUGUUCGGCGUGUGCCCCACCGACGCCUCCUCCUCGAAGGAGGGCAAGUCGGAGCUGGUGCACCGCAGCCGCGACCUCAACCGCUGCUCCCACCGCGAACAGGGCAAGAACGACAUGGUGACCGCCGUAUACAACCCCACUGCUGUAAGUUACUUUUAUUUUGGUCAUUAA